AUGUCUGGUGACUCCCUCAACAUUGAUGUCUACCACAAAGGUGUUUUUUCUCCUAAUCCCUUUGUUUACUUCCAUCCACAUAAACUACCUGUUACGAGGCUAGAUGUACGUAACAUGGAUUUCAAGGAGUUCAAGACCUACCUCCAAAAAUUGAUCAACAAUAGAUGUCGGGAUAUGUAUUACUGUCUUAAAAAUCGGUCCCUCGUAGAUGGGUUAAGGGAGCUCAGGGAUGAAAAUGAUUACGUUACGUUCCUUGAUGCUGGGUUUGAUGAUGAUGAUAAUCAAAUCAGUAUCUACAUUGAUGACUAUCAUGAACCCUUACUAGAUUGGAUUAAAGAAGAGAAAGCUGAAGAAUGGGACAGUGGUACUGAUAUAUAUGAAGAUGAUGUGGACUCGGUAUUGUCGGAUGAUUUAUCGGUAGACCAUGAAGCUGAUGAUGAGGACAUUCAGUGGCCUGAACUUAUUGAUCCUUUUUUAUCUCAUAAAAAUCUUAUUCCAGAAACAAGCAUAGAGGACGAAGCUGUUGAUAAGGUAAAAACAUCCUAUUCACGAUCCUAA